AUGGGAUUAUUUGACGCCUUCCGAGAUGUGGGUGUGCUGGCGUGGCUGAGAGAGGGUCGGCAGUCCCGCAGACUCAUCCUGCUCAUCGUCUUCAUCGCCCUCCUGCUGGACAACAUGCUGCUGACGGUGGUGGUGCCCAUCAUCCCCAGCUACCUGUACACAGUGGACGAUGAGGCGUCCGCUGCAGCGAGGAAUCACUCCGUCUCCUCCAACUCUCCCCCUGGCACCUUCCAGACCAUCGUGUCUCUGUAUGAUAACUCCACACGCCUCACCAACCUCAGCCCUCUGUUCGGUACCCCCACUGUGACCCCAGCGCUGACACCGACCCCCACUCCGACCCCCAACGCCUCCAACUGUCCCAAAGCAGAUGAUCAGCUCUUGAAUGAGAACGUGAAGGUGGGGCUCCUGUUUGCUUCGAAAGCCACCGUCCAGCUCAUCACCAACCCCUUCAUAGGACCCCUCACCAACAGAAUAGGCUACCAGAUCCCUAUGUUCGCUGGAUUCUGCAUCAUGUUCCUCUCCACCAUCAUGUUUGCCUUCUCCUCGAGUUACGCGCUGCUGUUUGUGGCUCGAUCACUGCAGGGCGUUGGAUCCUCCUGCUCUUCUGUAGCAGGUAUGGGGAUGCUGGCGAGUGUGUAUACAGAUGAUGAGGAGAGAGGAAAUGCUAUCGGCAUUGCGCUGGGAGGACUUGCUAUGGGAGUACUGGUGGGUCCUCCGUUUGGCAGUGUAAUGUACGAGUUUGUGGGAAAAGCGGCUCCAUUCCUCAUCCUGGCGGUUCUAGCAGUGCUGGACGGAGCUCUGCAGCUGUUUGUGCUUCAGCCCUCAAAAGUUGAGCCAGAGAGCCAAAAGGGAACUUCGCUGAUCACCCUCAUGAAAGAUCCAUACAUCCUUAUCGCAGCAGGCUCUAUUUGUUUCGCUAACAUGGCGAUCGCGAUGCUGGAGCCCGCUCUGCCCAUCUGGAUGAUGGAAACUAUGUGCGCCAGAAAAUGGCAGCUUGGUGUUGCCUUUCUGCCUGCGAGUAUCUCCUACCUGAUUGGGACGAACAUCUUUGCGGUCCUGGCCAAUAAAAUGGGCAGGUGGCUGUGUUCUCUGAUAGGGAUGCUGCUGGUUGGUGUCAGUAUUCUCUGUGUGCCUUUCGCUAAGGACAUCUAUGGACUCAUACUGCCAAACUUUGGAGUCGGUUUUGCGAUUGGCAUGGUGGACUCCUCUAUGAUGCCGAUCAUGGGGUACCUGGUGGACCUGAGGCACGUCUCUGUGUAUGGAAGUGUGUACGCUAUCGCUGAUGUGGCCUUCUGCAUGGGCUUCGCUUUUGGUCCCUCAGCUGGUGGUGCUAUAGCACGCAGCAUUGGGUUCCCCUGGCUAAUGACCAUCAUUGGCGUGGUGGACAUCCUGUUUGCACCGCUCUGCUUCUUCCUCCGCAACCCGCCCGCUAACGAGGAGAAAAUGGCCAUCCUGAUGGACUCUAACUGUUCUAUGAGAACACGCUCCUACUCCACCCAGGGGUCCAGUUAUCAGAUGGGAGACGAUAUGGACCCAGACAGUCCGGAGUAAUUAAGCCCCGCCCCCUCCCUCUUUCUGACCCCCCCCCCACGGCCCCCGGCCAUGUAUGUGCCCUUCUAGAUUCUAUUUUGUUGUAAUGAAGAGGAGGUGUGGGGGGAAUAGAGACUUUAUCCGAAUAUCAGAACCACAUGGCUGAUUUUGUGAGAAAUGUCCCCAGUGUUUGUCCGGCGCCGCUCC